AUAUGGGGAGGACACACUGUUGGUGCUCAGUAAUAUUUAAUUCUGUACUUUCCUGUUAAGUAGUGGGUUUGAAGCAGACUGUGAUUUACAGUCUAACACAGCAGGAAUGGGAAGCAGGAAUAACAUAGGGGAACACAGACCUUUUAGUAUGCACCAGUGGAGAUUAGGAAUCCUAUUACUUCUAAUUUCAGGUCAUGACGUGUUCAGCAAUAGCACAGUUGUUCCUACGACCAAAACCACAGAAUAUGCGCCACAAACAGAAUCCAGUUUCCAAAAUGAAAUCAACACAGAUGACGACUCAACUGAUAAAACUUUAUUAUCUAGCACAACUGCAGUAUCUUUACCUGAAACAGCAACAGUGGCAUCACAAGUCACAUCAGCUUCUACAAACACAUUAUUACAUGAUUCAUCAUCACCCUCUGACAAUACAACGUUAUAUUUUAGUACAACUAACUCACCCGUCACGUCAUCUUCCACAAGCACAUCACUACCCGAGUCAUUAUCACCCUCUGACAAUACAAUGUUAUCUUUUAGUACAAUUAUCUCACCACCAGUCACAUCAUCUUCCACAAGCACAUCACUUCCUGACUCAUCAUUACUCUCUUACAAUACAACAAUAUCUUUUAGUACAACUAACUCACCAGUUACAUCAUCUUCCACAAGCACGUCACUUCCUGACUCAUCAUCACCCUCUGACAAUGCAACAUUAUCUUUUAGUACAACUAACUCACUGGCCACUUCAUAUUCCACAAGCACAUCACUACCUGAGUCAUCAUCACUCUCUGUCAAUACAACGUUAUAUUUUAGUACAACUGUAUCACCAGUUGCAUCAUCUUCCACAAGCACAUCACUACCUGACUCAUCAUCACCCUCUGACAAUACAACGUUAUCUUUAAGUACAACUAACUCACCAGUCACAUCAUCUUCCACAAGCGCAUCACUACCUGACUCAUCAUCACCCUCUGACAAUACAACGUUAUAUUUUAGUACAACUAACUCACCAGUCACAUCAUCUUCCACAAGCAUAUCACUACCUGACUCAUCACCCUCUGACAAUACAACGUUAUCUUUUAGUACAACUAACUCACCAGUGACAUCAUCUUCCACAAUCAUGUCACUACCUGAGUCAUCAUCACCCUCUGUCAAUACAACAUUAUAUUUUAGUACAACUAACUCACCCGUCACGUCAUCUUCCACAAGUACAUCACUUCCUGACUCAUCAUCACUCUAUUACAGUACAACGAUAUCUUUUAGUACAACUAACUCACCAGUUACAUCAUCUUCCACAAGCACGUCACUUCCUGACUCAUCAUCACCCUCUGACAAUACAACAUUAUCUUUUAGUACAACUAACUCACUGGCCACCUCAUAUUCCACAAGCACAUCACUACCUGAGUCAUCAUCACUCUCUGUCAAUACAACGUUAUAUUUUAGUACAACUGUAUCACCAUUUGCAUCAUCUUCCACAAGCACAUCACUACCUGACUCAUCAUCACCCUCUGACAAUACAACGUUAUCUUUAAGUACAACUAACUCACCAGUCACAUCAUCUUCCACAAGCACAUCACUACCUGACUCAUCAUCACCCUCUGACAAUACAACGUUAUAUUUUAGUACAACUAACUCACCAGUCACAUCAUCUUCCACAAGCAUAUCACUACCUGACUCAUCACCCUCUGACAAUACAACGUUAUCUUUUAGUACAACUAACUCACCAGUGACAUCAUCUUCCACAAUCAUGUCACUACCUGAGUCAUCAUCACCCUCUGUCAAUACAACAUUAUAUUUUAGUACAACUAACUCACCAGUCACAUCAUCUUCCACAAGCACAUCACUACCUGACUCAUCAUCACCCUCUGACAAUACAACGUUAUCUUUUAGUACAACUAACUCACCAGUGACAUCAUCUUCCACAAUCAUGUCACUACCUGAGUCAUCAUCACCCUCUGUCAAUACAACAUUAUAUUUUAGUACAACUAACUCACCCGUCACGUCAUCUUCCACAAGUACAUCACUUCCUGACUCAUCAUCACUCUAUUACAGUACAACGAUAUCUUUUAGUACAACUAACUCACCAGUUACAUUAUCUUCCACAAGCACAUCACUUCCUGACUCAUCAUCACCCUCUGACAAUACAACGUUAUCUUUUAGUACAACUAACUCACUGGCCACAUCAUAUUCCACCAGUACAUCACUACCUGAGUCAUCAUCACCCUCUUUUAGUACAACUGUAUCACAAGUUGCAUCAUCUUCCAUAAGCACACCACUACCUGACUCAUCAUCACCCUCUGACAAUACAACAUUAUAUUUUAGUACAACUAACUCACCAGUCACAUCAUCUUCCACAAGCACAUCACUACCUGACUCAUCAUCAUCCUCUUACAAUACAACGUUAUAUUUUAGUACAACUAACUCACCCGUCAUGUCAUCUUACACAAGCACUUCACUUCCUGACUCAUCAUCACCCUCUGACAAUACAACGUUAUCUUUUAGUACAACUAACUCACCAGUCACAUCAUCUUCCACAAGCACAUCACUACCUGACUCAUCAUCACCCUCUGACAAUACAACGUUAUAUUUUAGUACAACUAACUCACCCGUCAUGUCAUCUUACACAAGCACUUCACUUCCUGACUCAUCAUCACCCUCUGACAAUACAAUGUUAUCUUUUAGUACAACUAACUCACCAGUCACAUCAUCUUCCACAAGCACAUCACUACCUGACUCAUCAUCACCCUCUGACAAUACAACAUUAUCUUUUAGUACAACUAACUCACCAGUCACAUCAUCUUCCACAAGCAUAUCACUACUUGACUUAUCAUCACCCUCUGACAAUACAACGUUACCUUUUAGUACAACUAACUCACCAGACACAUCAUCUACCACAAGCACAUCACUACCUGACUCAUCACCCUCUGACAAUACAACGUUAUCUUUUAGUACAACUAACUCACCAGUGACAUCAUCUUCCACAAGCACGUCACUACCUGAGUCAUCAUUACCCUCUGUCAAUACAACAUUAUAUUUUAGUACAAGUAACUCACCAGUCACAUCAUCUUCCACAAGCACAUCACUACCUGACUCAUCAUCACCCUCUGACAAUACAACGUUAUAUUUUAGUACAACUAACUCACCCGUCACGUCAUCUUCCACAAGUACAUCACUUCCUGACUCAUCAUCACUCUCUUACAAUACAACGAUAUCUUUUAGUACAACUAACUCACCAGUUACAUUAUCUUCCACAAGCACAUCACUUCCUGACUCAUCAUCACCCUCUGACAAUACAACGUUAUCUUUUAGUACAACUAACUCACUAGCCACAUCAUCUACCACAAGCACAUCACUACCUAACUCAUCAUCACCCUCUGACAAUACAACAUUAUCUUUUAGUACAACUAACUCACCAGUGACAUCAUCUUCCACAAGCACGUCACUACCUGAGUCAUCAUCACCCUCUGUCAAUACAACAUUAUAUUUUAGUACAAGUAACUCACCAGUCACAUCAUCUUCCACAAGCACAUCACUACCUGACUCAUCAUCACCCUCUGACAAUACAAUGUUAUAUUUUAGUACAACUAACUCACCCAUCACGUCAUCUUCCACAAGUACAUCACUUCCUGACUCAUCAUCACUCUCUUACAAUACAACAAUAUCUUUUAGUACAACUAACUCACCAGUCACAUCAUCUUCCACAAGCACAUCACAUCCUGACUCAUCAUCACCCUCUGACAAUACAACGUUAUCUUUUAGUACAACUAACUCACCAGUCACAUCAUCUUUCACAAGCACAUCACUUCCUGACUCAUCAUCACCCUCUGACAAUACAACGUUAUCUUUUAGUACAACUAACUCACCACUCACAUCAUCUUCCACAAGCAUAUUACUACCUGACUCAUCAUCACCCUCUGACAAUACAACAUUAUCUUUUAGUACAACUAACUCACCAGUCACAUCAUCUUCCACAAGCACAUCACUUCCUGACUCAUCAUCACCCUCUUACAAUACAAUGUUAUCUUUUAGUACAACUAACUCACCAGACACAUCAUCUACCACAAGCACAUCACUACCUGACUCAUCAUCAUCCUCUGACAAUACAACGUUAUCUUUUAGUACAACUAACUCACCAGUGACAUCUUCAACAAGCAUGUCACUACCUGAGUCAUCAUCACCCACUGUCAAUACAACAUUAUAUUUUAGUACAGCUAACUCACCAGUCACAUCAUCUUCCACAAGCACAUCACUACCUGACUCAUCAUCACCCUCUGACAAUACAACGUUAUAUUUUAGUACAACUAACUCACCAGUCACAUCAUAUUCCACAAGCACAUCACUACCUGACUCAUCAUCACCCUCUGACAAUACAACAUUAUAUUUUAGUACAACUAACUCACCAGUCACAUCAUCUUCCACAAGCACAUCACUACCUGACUCAUCAUCACCCUCUGACAAUACAACAUUAUAUUUUAGUACAAAUAACUCACCAGUCACAUCAUCUUCCACAAGCACAUCACUACCUGACUCAUCAUCACCCUCUGACAAUACAACAUUAUCUUUUAGUACAACUAACUCACUGGCCACCUCAUAUUCCACAAGCACAUCACUACCUGAGUCAUCAUCACUCUCUGUCAAUACAACGUUAUAUUUUAGUACAACUGUAUCACCAUUUGCAUCAUCUUCCACAAGCACAUCACUACCUGACUCAUCAUCACCCUCUGACAAUACAACGUUAUCUUUAAGUACAACUAACUCACCAGUCACAUCAUCUUCCACAAGCAUAUCACUACCUGACUCAUCACCCUCUGACAAUACAACGUUAUCUUUUAGUACAACUAACUCACCAGUGACAUCAUCUUCCACAAUCAUGUCACUACCUGAGUCAUCAUCACCCUCUGUCAAUACAACAUUAUAUUUUAGUACAAAUAACUCACCAGUCACAUCAUCUUCCACAAGCACAUCACUACCUGACUCAUCAUCACCCUCUGACAAUACAACAUUAUCUUUUAGUACAACUAACUCACCAGUCACAUCAUCUUCCACAAGCACAUCACUACCUAACUCAUCAUCACCCUCUGACAAUACAACGUUAACUUUUAGUACAACUAACUCACCAGUCACAUCAUCUUCCACAAGCACAUCACUUCCUGACUCAUCAUCACCCUCUGAUAAUACAAUGCUAUCUUUUAGUACAAAUAACUCACUAGUCACAUCAUCUUCCACAAGCACAUCACUAUCUGACUCAUCAUCACUUUCUGUCAAUACAACGUUAUCUUUUAGUACAACUAACUCACCAGUCACAUCAUCUUCUACAAACAUAACAUCAAUAACUUCAUCCUCAUUAUCAUCAUCAUCCUCAACAUCAUAUUUAACCAACGCAAUGACCUCCUCAAACGCAACAUAUUUUCCAGUCACAUCUUCUUAUACAAACAUAUCAUUAACCAUCCCAGUUACAUCUAUCUUAUCUGACACAGUGACAGCUCAAGUCACAUCAUCUUCCACAAACACAUCAUUACUUCACUCAUCAUCACCCUCCUUCAAUACAACGUUUUCAGUUAGUACAACUGACUCACUGGUCACAUUAGCUUCAUUUACUACUUCCUUAUCAUCUCCUAACACAUCAUAUUUGUCUAUCACUUCUACUUUUACAAAUAUAUCAUUAACCCCUGUAUCAUCCCACCCUAACACAACGUCUAUUCCAAUUGUAACUCCUUCUACAAACAUAUUACCUGACUCAUCAUCAUCAUCAUCUUCCUCCAACAUAACAUUAUCUUUUAGUGCAACUAACUUAUUUCUCACAUCAGCUUCCACAAACAUAACAUCAUUUACUUCUUCCUCCCCAUCCCUAAACACAACAGAUGCAUCAACAUCUUCAAACACAACAUCUUUUUCAGUCACCUCAUUUUCAAGCACAUCAUUAUCUUACCCUAAUACAACAUCCUUUCCAGACACACCAACUUCCAUACACACAUCAUUAUCUGACUCAUCAUCAUCUUCCUCCAAUACAACAAUAACUUCUAGUGAAAGUAACUCACUUGUUACAUCAGCUUCUGCCAACAUAACUUCAUUUACCUCAACAUCCUCCAACACAAAUUUACCUAUCACAAUGAUCUCUUCAAGCACAUCUUUUCCAGUCACUUCUAUUUUUACAAAUACAUCAUUAGCCCCUGUAUCAUCCUACCCUAACACAACAUCUGUUCCAGUCAUAUCUGCUUCUGCAAAUACAUCAUUACCUGUUUCAUUGUCAUCUUCUUCCAACACAACUUUAUCUACUACAUUGACACCCUUCAACAUAACAUCAAUACCAGGUACAUCCUUAUCUUCCCUCACAGUGUCGUCACAGCUCACGUCAUCUUUCACAAACACAUCAAGACCUGACUCAUCAUCAUCUUCCUCCAACACAACAUUAUCUUUUAGUACAACUAACUCAAUUGUCACAUCAGCUUCCACAAACAUAACAUCAUUUACUUCUUCCUCGCCAUCCUCAAAUACAACAUCUUUUCUAGUCACUUCUACUUUUACAAAUACAUCAUUACCCCCUGUAUCAUCCUAUAUUAACACAACAUCUGUUCCAGUCAUGUCUGCUUUCAUAAACACAUCAUUACCUGAUUCUUCAUCAUCUUCCUCCAACACUUUAUCUACUACAUUGACACCCUUAAACAGAACAUCAAUACCAGGUACAUCCUUAUCUUCCCACAUUGUGUCGUCACAGGUCCCACCAUCUUACACAAACACAUCAAGACCUGACUCAUCAUCAUCGUCCUCCAACACAACAUUAUCUUUUAGUACAACUAACUCAAUUGUCACAUCAGCUUCCACAAACAUAACAUCAUUUACUUCUUCUUCCUCAUCUUCAAACACAACAUAUUUUCCAGUCACUUCUACUUUUACAAAUACAUCAUUAGCCCCUGUAUCAUCCUACAUUAACACAUCUGUUCCAGUCAUAUCUGCUUUUACAAACACAUCAUUACCUGAUUCAUCAUCAUCUUCCUCCAACACAACAUUAUCUACUACAUUGACACCCUUUAACAUGACAUCAAUACCAGGUACAUCCUUAUCUUCCCACGUUGUGUCGUCACAGGUCACACCAUCUUUCACAAACACAUCAAGACCUGACUCAUCAUCAUCUUCCUCCAACACAACAUUAUCUUUUAGUACAACUAACUCAAUUGUCACAUCAGCUUCCACAAACAUAACAUCAUUUACUUCUUCCUCGCCAUCCUCAAAUACAACAUCUUUUCUAGUCACUUCUACUUUUACAAAUACAUCAUUACCCCCUGUAUCAUCCUAUAUUAACACAACAUCUGUUCCAGUCAUAUCUGCUUUCAUAAACACAUCAUUACCUGAUUCUUCAUCAUCUUCCUCCAACACUUUAUCUACUACAUUGACACCCUUAAACAGAACAUCAAUACCAGGUACAUCCUUAUCUUCCCACAUUGUGUCGUCACAGGUCCCACCAUCUUACACAAACACAUCAAGACCUGACUCAUCAUCAUCGUCCUCCAACACAACAUUAUCUUUUAGUACAACUAACUCAAUUGUCACAUCAGCUUCCACAAACAUAACAUCAUUUACUUCUUCUUCCUCAUCUUCAAACACAACAUAUUUUCCAGUCACUUCUACUUUUACAAAUACAUCAUUAGCCCCUGUAUCAUCCUACAUUAACACAUCUGUUCCAGUCAUAUCUGCUUUCACAAACACAUCAUUACCUGAUUCAUCAUCAUCUUCCUCCAACACAACAUUAUCUACUACAUUGACACCCUUUAACAUGACAUCAAUACCAGGUACAUCCUUAUCUUCCCACGUUGUGUCAUCACAGGUCACACCAUCUUCCACAAAUACAUCAAGACCUGACUCAUCAACCUCCUCCAACACAACAUCUGUUAGUACAACUAACUCAAUGGUCAUAUCAGCUUCAACAACUAUAAGGUCAAUUGCCUCUUCCUCAUCAUCAUCCACAGCAACAUAUUUACAAUCCACACCGACCAUCUCAAACACAACUUCUAUUUCAGUCAUAUCUCCCUCCACAAACACAUCAUUAACCACAUCAUCACCCUUCACCAACACAACUUUAUUUCCUUCUUUGAUAUCAUUCAACACAACAUUACUACAAGUUUCAUCCUUAACUUCCCACACAGUCUUGUCACAGGCCACAUCAUCUCCCACAAACACAUCAUUACCUGACUCAUCAUCAUCCAUCAACAACACAAUGCUAUCUUUUAAUACAAUUAACUCACUUGUCACAUCAGCUUCUACAAACAUAACAUCAUAUACCUCUUCCUCAUCAUCCUCCACCACAACUGAUUUGACCUCUUCAAACACAACAUCUUUUCCAUCCUUAUCUUUCAGCAUAAUGUCAUCACCGGUGACAGUAUCUUCUGCAAGUGCAACAUUAUUGCCUAACGCAUCAUCUUCCUUCAUCUCCACAGUUUCACCUGCCACACUUACUUUCCCCAACACCACAUCCAUAUCAUCUUCUACAAACACAAUAGCAUUACCUUCCUCAUUGCCAUUCAGCAGCUCAACAGCUUUAUCUGCCACAUUGGCCUUGUCCAACACAUCACUAUCAUCCAAUACACUGUUGUUAUUAUCAACUGUAAAUACCCCACUUUUAAAUACAUCUUCAAACACUGUUACAAGCACAACCAUGCAAAAAACAACUAUUAUCCCUACCAUCACUCUUCCUUUGAAAUUUAAGAUUGUAAACCAAAAUUUUACUGACAACCUAACUAAACAAGACUCUGAUGAAUUUAAGAAUCUUAAGAGAGAUGUGGAAGAAAAGCUCAGACCAAUUUACAAAGAAAAAUUUACGAAUUUUAAAGAUAUAAAUGUAAUAGGAUUUAGCCAGGGAUCUGUGAUUGUUAAUUCACAAGUUAUAUUUGAAAACAGUGAAACUGCUGCUUCAACGGAUAACAUAGUGCGGGCUUUGCUUAUCUUUGUUAAAUCAACUACAAAUAACAGCAUUGGCAUCUACCAGCUAGAAACAAAAAGCAUCCAAUCAGACACUUCAAACAUCUCCAGUCUGUCUCUUGCCAAUAUAAAUGUCAGUUUUCUUAUUAAGAGUCCAUUUAAUUCAUCUGCCCAGGAUUCACUGAAGAGUCAGAUAAAAGAUUGGAUCGAAAAUAUCUUGAAACAACUUCUUAAUGGCACAAAUGCAGGAGAACCCACCAUCAGUUUUAUAAAUAGUAGCGGUUGGACACAAACAAAUGCAACCUUCCCUUUCAACACUUCAACAUUAUUGAACAACAUUCAAGCCCUGGAACAAAUUCUAGCUGCCAGAGGGAAUGUGAGCUUCUCCAUCAUACCAUACAGUCUGAUGUUUCAAAACACCUGGAUGUCAUUUACCAUCAUCAACCUCUCCAUGGGACUUACAAAUGUGGCCUAUACCUCAAGCUUGGAAGAUAAGACAAGCACAGCCUUCCAAAAUAUCUCUAAAGCCAUAGAGGACUCGUUGAAGGAUAUCUUUAAAAGUCAGCAGUUGGUGGAACCAGUUGUAACCAGCUUCAGGGAAGAUUCCAGUCUCACUGUAGCCUCAGCUGAUCUUUACUUUCCCUCAACUGUAGCUAUCAGCAAAACCGUGGUUCUACAAAGCAUUGUGAAUAGCUUAGAAACAUUCAAAAAUAGGAACAUUUAUGUUGACAAAUUAACUCUGAUUCCAGAAGCUGUUACUGUGGAUUUUACUCUCAAACAAGAUUAUAAUUCUGACCUUUCAAAUGCCUCAUCAUCUGACGCUGUCAACCUCCAAAGCACAGUCCUUAAUGUGCUGACACCAAUUCUGAGACAGACCUACAACACAUUUCUGUGGGACUCUCCUGCUGUAAUCAUUAGGAAUGAUACAGGAGCAGCAGCUAUGCAGGUUGACUAUAAACUCAACAUAACAUUAUCUGUAGUCGCUGGGAAUGUUGUGAGCUCUCUUUUACAAAACUCUAAUUUCUCUGAACUUAUCCGCAUAGCAAGUCUGUCAGUAAAUGGUGUAAAAGCCAAUUACCAGGUGUAUAAAUACUCCCCAAGAUUCACCAACCUGGCUUUUACAGAACAACUAAAGAACAAAAGUAGUGCAGGAUUUAAAAACCUGGAGAAUAAUAUUAUCAAUGGGUUCACUUCUAUUCUGAACAGCUUCAACUUGGCAGAAAUAGUAGUGACAUCUUUUGAAUCAGGAUCAGUUAUUGCCAAAACAGAGUUGACGUUUCCCAGUGAUGGCAGAUCGUACACUGAGGUGGCAAAGGCAAUAGUGGAACAAAAGUCUGUGCUAGAGAGCAUAGGAUUGUAUUUAGACCCACCAUCUCUCAUCCAGUCACCAUCUACUGUCAAUGAAAUAUCACCAUCUAGCAUAUUUCCUAGUUAUGGUAUAGCCAUCAUCGUUAUGUGUAUCCUACUGUUCCUGGCCAUCAUUCCGCUGACAGUCCUGUCUCUAAAAUAUGAUUUGUGUAAGAAGCUUGCCAAGGCUUGUUCUCUGAAACCACCAUACGCUUAUGAAGGGGUCACACUACCCCACAAAAAAUUUAAUUUACAUUUUGUCAAGAGUCAGUCAUAUGAUCUCCCACGUUAACAAGCUCUGAAAAGGAAGACGGAUCCCAAAAAGGACAGUAUCAGUCUUCUAUCUGUGAAUAGUGAUAGAUGCAAUGUGCAUAAUUAUGUUGUUUGUAUCAAACACCUAGAGAUGCUCAAGUGUUAUCAUAACAUAAUGACUUUUAUUGUGGUUCCUCUACCAGACCUUGUUCCUGUUUAGACAGUAAAGUAUUUUCAUGGAUGAUAUUCAGAUGCAAAAAAAAAUCACUCGAUUUUUUUUGUUUGUUUACCUCUAAGAGGUUCAAUUAGGAAAUCUUCAUACACAGAAGUAAACAAACCUGAAAAUUAGGAAAUAGAGUUUGAAAAAUGUUCUGCUGCAACAAAACAAACUUUUAUCAUAUUGAUGCAGGACAAGGGUUCAGAUCCUUGUUUUAUAUUGAAACAAUAAAAACAUAAAUGUACUUGACAACACAAAAUGAAAGCAAGUUUAUAACAAAAAAAAGCCCACAAACCUCCCCCCACCACCACCACCACCAAAAUAUUUACAUAGAACAACUUUAUCUGUGCAGGGAAUUUCCACUAAUCCAGCAAGGGAAGGAUAAGAAAGUAAGCUUUCACCUUUUUUAAAGCUUAGUGGACUAGUAGCUUUUCCUCUCCUGACUAGUAACCAUGUUCCCGUAUGAUAAAUUAUACCAAUACAUUUAGAGCCUUUUUUAUAAUUGUACAAUAGUUUUUUGUUUAUACCUUUUAAAAAAAAAAAAAAAAAAAAAACAUACUGUGUCUAUGUUAACAACAUUGCCUGUCUUACAGUUUUUUUUUUUUUUUUGGGGGGGCACACAUGUAAAGAGAUAGGAUUACUGCAUAGGUAGCAAGAUCUGCUUUGUUCUAAAAAAUAUUGCAGCAAACAUAUAUUUUCAAUCAAUAGUAUUUCUUUUUUUUCUUUUUGUAUUUUAUAGGACAUACAGCAGAUUUUAUUUUGCUAUAAUGUCACAGCCUUCAUACUAGUGUACCCAAACUAUUAAUAUUACUAAGGCUGUGGUAAAAGGGGUAUGUGCAUUAAUAAUGAAAAACUUGUACAUCUGUUAUGAAUUAUAUUUAAUAUAUUUUAAAUACAUAUUUUUUUAUUUUUAUAUUCAAAUUGUGAUAUUAACUAGAUUGUUACUUCUACACCCAUAUGUUGGCUAGUAAAAUAGCUAGAAGGGUCACAUUGUAUGUCCAUUUAAAAAAACAGCUGUCAAUCCCAAAAUGAGGAGUUGAUACAAGUCAAACAAUAUUAUUUAUGUUUUUCUUACAUUAUUGUAAUUUAUAUAAAUUAUGCAGAAAUUAAUUAAGGUCACACAUUAAGCUGUAUUUUGUAAUGUAUGUAAAUAUAUCAAUAAAAUAUAAUAAUUAAACUAUUAAUUUAA